AUGGUGACAAUUCGCACCGACGAGAGGAGACAAGGGGAGCUGCGAGGCGGCUUCUUCAAGACUCUGAUUGACACGACGGUCACGGUCGAACUCAAGAACGAUAUCCAAAUCCGUGGCACGCUCAAGAGCGUGGACCAGUACCUCAACAUUAAGCUCGACGAUAUCACCGUCGUCGAGGAGAUCAAGUACCCCCACAUGAGCGCCGUCAAGAAUGUCUUUAUCCGCGGCAGCGUCGUGCGGUAUGUGCACCUGCCGGCCGCUGCGGUAGAUGUAUCCUUGCUGGAGGAUGCCACCCGAAGAGAGGCGGCCAACAAUGCCCCCAAGACUGCAGGCGCAAGAUAG